CGUAGGGGGCGCUGGUGAGCACUAAUCUUAUUUUGGCGCAAAGCGGAAAUCGUCAUAACUGUCGACCUUAAAGAAAGUUUAACGUUGCCUCAGAGGUUUUGCAGCAGCUGUUGUCUUUUGCAACUUCACUAAGUGAUAUCUAUAUAUAUUUUAAAAUCUUAGUCAAAUAUAUCACGUUAAUCCAGCAGGCGAAUAGCGGAAUCGUCUGUUUAAAAAACGAGGCGAACAGGAAUGUUGGCUUCUCUGCUAGCUACUGUUAGCAAGUGUAGCUCGUGAGACGUUAUUUACGUGAAUACACUUUGUAUCCUAAAGCGACGACUAGUUUUUUGUCCGCGUUUGGCCUUAAAUGGAAGAGCACAAGGAGAAUAUCCAGGUUAUAGACGUCAAUGCCAAGAUGUCCAAUGCAAAAGAAGAGGAAAAGGAGAAACCUUGCAGCAGAAUAUGUCCUGAUGCAGAAUCUGCUCCCCAAACGCCUCCAUCUCAGUCCAACAGCGACUUCAGUCACCCAGUUUACAAAGAGAUCGCUUUGGCCAAUGGCCACAUCAACCGCAUGUCCAAGGAGGAGCUGAGAAUCAAAUUAUCGGAGCUGAAGCUUGACACAAGAGGAGUGAAAGACGUGAUGAAGAAGAGGUUAAAGAGCCACUACAAGAAGCAGAAACUGAUGCAGUCUGCCGCUGAGGGCGGGCCCACAGACACCUACUACGACUACAUUUGCGUGGUGGAUUUUGAGGCAACGUGCGAAGAGGAUAAUCCUUCAGACUUCCUCCAUGAAAUCAUCGAGUUCCCGAUGGCGCUCAUUAAUACCCACACCUUACAGAUUGUGGACACCUUUCAGGCGUACGUGAAACCAGAGCUGAACCCACAGCUUUCAGACUUCUGCAUCAAGUUGACAGGGAUCACACAGGUUGGAAGACACAAUCUAUGUGUUAAGGCCCUCAAGAAGGUGUCGAAAAUUGUGGAUGAGGCGGAUCCUUUUCCAGAGGUCUUGCGGCAAGUCGUGGCUUGGCUUCAGGAGAGGGAGCUUGGAACAAAAUACAAAUACGCGAUUCUUACUGAUGGAGCGUGGGAUAUGAGCAAGUUCCUCAACAUCCAGUGUCGGAUUAGCCGGAUCAGGUACCCUCAGUUUGCAAAAAAGUGGAUAAACAUCAGGAAAUCUUACGGCAACUUUUACAAGGUCCCCCGGGCACAGACGAAGCUGAGCACCAUGCUGGAGAAGCUCGGUAUGAAGUAUGAGGGCCGUCCUCACUGCGGCCUGGACGAUUCGCGCAACAUCGCCCGGAUAGCUGUCCGCAUGCUUCAGGACGGGUGCCAGCUGCGGGUCAAUGAGCGAAUGCACGGCGGCCAGCUGCUCUCAGUCCCCAGCUCAGGCCCCGUGGAGGGAGCUCCACCACCCCAUAACCCCCACAGCAGAGACUAGAACCACAAACCCAGGCUUGGGCCUACAAGCCUUAGAAUAAGUCUCCACCUCACAAGUUAAUGGGGGCAGGGGUUCAAAAGCACUUUAAGUGGAGCUUAAAGCUGUUAAUGUGGUCAGUGUUAAGAUUCCAAGACGUGAAGCCUCUACUUUCACAUCAGAUGUUUGAAAAAAAAAAAAAAAAUCAUUCCUGUGUUUUGAGAGAAAUUUAGUCAUUAGCCUGUAUUUAAACAAACUUUAUUUUGCCAUGUUGAGUUGCUCAUCUUCAGCAGUUAAAUAUGUUUCAGUUGGCCAAAAAAACAUCUUUUGUUUAGAUAUUUGGGUAUGAAAACAAACAUCUACAGCCUUUUUUUUUUUUUACUGCUGUCUUAAUGUAAACACAAUGCUGCUAUUUUUUUGCUGCUUGAAUUUCUACUGCCAUGCCAUCACACAGUUUGCCAUUUUCUCAGGUUAGGUCAGACGUUCUCAAACGGUUCCAGUAGACUUACUCUCUCUGUCAGAUUUAGAGGUUCAGUAGGUUUGUAGGUAAAUAAAUAGAACAAGAUAAAUAGAAGAACAUAAAGAAAUUUAUU